GCUUAGCUGUACAGUGGAGGAUUACACAAAUUGGUAGCCCAAGUGGGGCCUCAUUAAUCUGUUGGUAAUAUCGCAAGAGAUCUUUACCGAGUUUCAGGCUUGCACUCUUGUUGGCUAGAUCGCUGCAGUGUUGCAGGUUGGGUGCUAGUUGGAGGAUUUUUAAUGUUUCAAUCAGGAAAGGUUACUGGCGGAUUUAGUGCGUGAAGUUGAGGAUUUUGUGGAUGCAGUGAAGACAUUUGAAGGCAUGUAUGUUAUGCUGCUGGUGUUGGAGUUAAAAAAUAAGUGCGGUUGGUGGAGUUUCUGAGUGACUGUAAGGAACUAUGCUCUAGUUUGGUGGUGCAAGUGAUUUAGAUGCGUGAUUCCUGUAAAUAACCUGUGCUCGGUUGUCCUGACUCCGGUUAAUAUAUUCAUUGUAAUAUAAGUGGUAUGUUCUCUUAAAUUAAAUGGAAAAUCCAGCGAAAAUAUCACAUCGAUGUGCUAAUAACAAUGGGCCUCAUUCAUCACUUUUUCGCAUUAGCUCUAGCUCUCUCAGCACCGCUUUCACAGGCUCAAAGAUUCAAGCGGCUGGACACCCUCCUUGGUGCAUGCCAUAUGUACACCGAAACAUUCGAUACCUGCAUGCAGGACGUAUUCAACGACUUGAGGGUGUUUUUCAAAAACGGAAUCCCCGAGUUCAAUAUAAAGCCCUUCGACCCUCACAAAGCGGCUUAUGUUGAACAGCGACGUGGUGAUCUUCAUGGUAUUGGUGGUUACGAUUUGAUCUUAAAAAAUGUUAGCGAAUUUGGCUGGUCAAACUCCAAAGUUACUAAAUUCAAAUCGGAUCUGGACAAUAAUCAAAUUGAAUACUCUCAGUUCUUCCCUGAAAAGAGCUUAGAAGGUACUUAUGAAUUCUCCGGUAAAUUAAUGGGUGCUGCUGUGGAAAAUGCUGGAAUAUGGAAUUUAACGCUGUAUAAUUACAGCCAAACAACAACUGUCCGCCGACUGGGCGGUCCUGGGUCAAUUUUAAAGGUGCACGUCGAAGUGGAUAAGAUUGGCGGGAUGACCCUGCAUAUCUCCGACUUCUUCGGUAGCAGAGCGGUGCAUUUGAAUAAUAUUGCGGAUACAGUCAUCAAUUCCAUGUGGAAGGCGGGUUUGCCCUUCUUGAAGCCGCUCAUUAACGAACUAGUCAGCACAGCUUUCACAGAUAUUUUUAAUGAAUCAUUUAGAUAUUUUCCUAUAAGUAAUUUUGUUAAAUGAAUAUUGGAUGAGUAGAGUUUAGAAGUAGAUUUAGAUUUUUUUACGUUUGAACUAUGCAAUAUUUUUAUUUUGUGAAUAAAACUGUUGUAAGUGUA